UCAGACCUCGGCUGCCCGCCGGGCAACUCGCUGUCCCCCCUGGGUGCCGGCCGCGGGCCGCCACGCCGGGAAGAUGCUGCAGCUGCCGCCGCCCCGGGCGGGCAGGACCAAGUUCCCCCGCAGCUGGGAUGAGAGCAGCUCCAUCAGCAGUGGACUCAGUGAUGCCUCCGACAACCUCAGCUCCGAAGAGUUCAAUGCCAGCUCCUCACUCAACUCCCUGCCCACCACGCCCACGGCAUCUCGCAGGAACUCGACAAUAGUGCUGCGCACAGACUCAGAGAAGCGCUCACUGGCGGAGAGCGGGCUGAGCUGGUUCAGUGAGUCGGAGGAGAAGGCCCCCCGCAAGCUGGAGUACGACAGCGGCAGCCUGAAGAUGGAGACUGCGGGGUCCAAGUGGCGGCGGGAGCGGCCCGAGAGCUGCGACGACGCGUCCAAGGCCGGGGAGCUGAAGAAGCCGGCAGGCCUGGGCCCGCCCGGGCCCCUGAAGAAGGGCAAGACCCCGCCCGUGGCUGUCACCUCGCCCAUCACCCACACGGCCCAGAGUGCCCUCAAAGUGGCAGGCAAACCCGAGGGCAAGGCCGCCGACAAGGCCAAGCUGGCCGUGAAGAGCGCGGGCCUGCAGCGCUCCUCCUCAGACGCCGGCCGCGACCGCCUGGGCGAUGCCAAGAAGCCUCCCUCGGGUAUCGCACGCCCGUCCACAUCAGGGUCCUUUGGCUACAAGAAGCCCCCUCCUGCCACGGGCACGGCCACCGUCGUGCAGACCGGGGGCUCGGCCACACUCGGCAAGGCCCAGAAGUCCUCAGGCAUCCCCGUGAAGCCGGCAAACGGGCGCAAGACAAGCCUGGACGUGUCCAACAGCGUGGAACCCGGGUUCCUGGCCCCGGGCGCCCGCUCCAACAUCCAGUACCGCAGCCUGCCGCGGCCAGCCAAGUCCAGCUCCAUGAGCGUGACCGGCGGGCGCGGUGGCCCCAGGCCCGUGAGCAGCAGCAUCGACCCCAGCCUCCUCAGCAGCAAGCCGGCGGGCCUGGCACCCUCCAGGCUGAAGGAGCCCUCCAAGGUGGCCGGCGGGCGGGCCGCCCCGGCCCCAGUCAACCAGACGGAUCGGGAGAAGGAGAAGGCCAAGGCCAAGGCCGAGGCGCUGGGCCCUGACGGCCUGUCCCUGAAGAGCGUCGGCUCCCCUGAGAGCACGCCCCGGAGCCAGGCGGGCCACGCCCCGGCCCCCAAGCUGGCAGAGCUGCCCCCUACCCCACUCAGGGCCGCAGCCAAGAGCUUCGUCAAGCCGCCGUCCCUGGCCAACCUUGACAAAGUCAACUCCAACAGCCUGGACCUGCCGGCGUCCGGCGACGCCCCUGCACCCAAGGCCACAGACCUGCACGCUCCAGGCCCGGCUGCCGGGGGCCCCCUCACCUCCUGCUUCACCCCCAGCCCGGCCCCCAUCCUCAACAUCAAUUCGGCCAGCUUCUCGCAGGGCCUGGAGCUCAUGAGCGGCUUCGGCGUCCCCAAGGAGCCCCGCAUGUACCCCAAGCUCUCAGGGCUGCACCGGAGCAUGGAGUCCCUACAGAUGCCCAUGAGCCUACCCGGCACCUUCCCCAGCGGCGCCCCCGCCCCCGGCAGCCCCGCUCCCCCCACCGCUCCCGCCGCGGAGGAUGCCGAGGAGCUGGCCUGGAGCGGAAGCCCCAGGGCCGGGCAGCUGGACAGUAAUCAGCGGGAUCGGAACACUCUCCCCAAGAAGGGGCUCAGGUACCAGCUGCCGUCCCAGGAGGAGGCCAAGGAGCGGCGACACUCCCACGCCGUCGCGGGGCUGCCUGAGUCAGACAACCAGUCGGAGCUGCCGUCGCCCCCUGCGCUGUCCAUGUCCCUGAGCUCCAAGGGCCAGCUCACCAACAUCGUGAGCCCCACCGCAGCCACCACGCCGAGAAUCACCCGCUCCAACAGCAUCCCCGCCCACGAGACGGCCUUCGAGCUGUACGGCGGCUCCCAAACGGGGAGCACCCUGUCCCUGGCCGAGAGACCCAAGGGGAUGAUCCGGUCAGGAUCCUUCCGAGACCCUGCGGACGACGUUCACGGCUCCGUGCUCUCCUUGGCCUCCAGCGCCUCAUCCACAUACUCCUCAGCUGAGGAGAGGAUGCAGUCUGAGCAAAUCCGAAAGCUUCGCCGGGAACUGGAGUCGUCCCAGGAGAAAGUAGCCACCUUGACCUCUCAGCUCUCGGCCAACGCCAACCUGGUGGCGGCUUUCGAGCAGAGCCUGGUGAGCAUGACCUGCCGCCUGCGGCACCUAGCCGAGACCGCCGAGGAGAAGGACACUGAGCUGUUGGACUUGCGGGAAACCAUAGACUUUCUGAAGAAGAAGAACUCUGAGGCGCAGGCUGUCAUUCAAGGGGCCCUUAGUGCCUCGGAGGCCACACCCAAAGAGCUCCGGAUCAAGAGGCAGAACUCCUCCGACAGCAUCUCGAGCCUCAACAGCAUCACCAGCCACUCCAGCAUCAGCAGCGGCAAGGAGGCCGAUGCCAAGAAGAAGAAGAAGAAGAGCUGGCUCCGAAGUUCCUUCAACAAAGCCUUCAGUAUAAAGAAGGGGCCCAAGUCAGCCUCCUCCUAUUCUGACAUCGAGGAGAUCGCCACGCCCGACUCCUCUGCCCCCUCGUCCCCCAAACUGCAGCACGCAUCCACCGAGACCGCCUCACCCUCCAUCAAGUCCUCCACCUCGUCUUCUACAGGCACCGACGCCCCUGAGGGCCCCGCUCCCCCGGCUCCCCAUGUUCGGCUGUUCCAUGGCAGCGAGGAGGAGGAGCCAGAGAAGAAGGAGGUGUCCGAGCUGCGCUCAGAGCUGUGGGAGAAGGAGAUGAAGCUCACAGACAUCCGCCUGGAAGCCCUCAACUCGGCCCACCAGCUGGACCAGCUGCGGGAGACCAUGCACAACAUGCAGUUGGAGGUAGACCUGUUGAAAGCAGAGAACGACCGGCUGAAGGUGGCCCCGGGCCCCUCGGCGGGCUCCGCUCCUGGGCAGAUCCCAGGAUCGUCGGCUCUACCCUCCCCUCGUCGGUCUUUGGGCCUGGCACUCACCCAUCCCUUCAGCCCAAGCCUCGCAGACACAGACCUGUCCCCAAUGGAUGGCAUCAGCACCUGUGGUCCAAAGGAGGAGGUGACUCUCCGGGUGGUGGUGAGGAUGCCCCCCCAGCACAUCAUCAAAGGGGACCUGAAGCAGCAAGAGUUCUUCCUGGGGUGUAGCAAGGUCAGUGGGAAGGUUGACUGGAAGCUGUUGGACGACGCUGUUUUCCAGGUGUUCAAGGACUACAUCUCUAAGAUGGACCCAGCCUCCACGCUGGGACUGAGCACCGAGUCCAUCCACGGCUACAGUAUCAGCCACGUGAAACGGCUCCUGGACGCGGAGCCCCCAGAGUUGCCCCCCUGCCGCCGAGGGGUUAACAACAUAGCGGUCUCCCUCAAAGGUCUCAGGGAGAAGUGUGUGGACAGCCUGGUGUUUGAGACCCUCAUCCCCAAGCCCAUGAUGCAGCACUACAUUGGCCUCCUGCUCAAGCACCGGCGCCUCGUCCUCUCGGGCCCCAGUGGCACCGGCAAGACCUACCUGACCAACCGCCUGGCCGAGUACCUUGUGGAGCGCUCCGGCCGCGAGGUCACGGAGGGCAUCGUCAGCACCUUCAACAUGCACCAGCAGUCCUGCAAGGACCUGCAGUUGUAUCUCUCCAACCUGGCCAACCAGAUAGACCGGGAAACAGGAAUUGGGGACGUCCCCCUGGUGAUCCUAUUGGAUGACCUCAGUGAGGCAGGCUCCAUCAGCGAGCUGGUCAAUGGGGCCCUGACUUGCAAGUAUCACAAAUGUCCCUAUAUUAUUGGUACCACUAAUCAACCGGUAAAAAUGACACCCAAUCACGGCUUGCACCUGAGCUUCAGGAUGCUAACCUUCUCCAACAACGUGGAGCCCGCCAACGGCUUCCUGGUUCGCUACCUGAGGAGGAAGCUGGUGGAGUCAGACAGCGACGUCAAUGCCAACAGGGAGGAGCUGCUGCGGGUGCUGGACUGGGUGCCCAAGCUCUGGUACCACCUGCACACCUUCCUGGAGAAGCACAGCACCUCCGACUUCCUCAUCGGUCCCUGCUUCUUUCUGUCCUGCCCCAUCGGCAUUGAGGAUUUCCGGACCUGGUUCAUUGAUCUGUGGAACAAUUCCAUCAUCCCUUAUCUACAGGAAGGGGCCAAGGACGGCAUCAAGGUUCACGGGCAGAAAGCCGCUUGGGAGGACCCUGUGGAGUGGGUCCGGGACACUCUUCCCUGGCCCUCAGCCCAACAAGACCAGUCAAAGCUGUACCACCUGCCGCCCCCCACUGUGGGCCCUCACAGCAUUGCCUCGCCCCCUGAGGACAGGACAGUCAAGGACAGCACCCCCAGCUCCCUGGACUCAGACCCACUGAUGGCCAUGCUGCUGAAACUGCAGGAAGCUGCCAAUUACAUUGAGUCUCCAGACAGAGAGAGCAUCCUGGACCCCAGCCUCCAGGCCACGCUCUGAGGGCCCAGCGGCCAGUCACAGGACAGCGGGGCGGGGACAGUGCUGUGCUGUCCCCUCUUUCCCGCUUCCUCCCAGCGCGGGCUCUCCAGCCCCAGGACAGGAGGGGCCGUGGAGGAAGGGGCAGGUUCCUGGUGCUGCACCUUGGAGAACUCCCUGUGGGACUGGCGGGUGGACUCGCGUCCCCAGAUCCAUCUCCUAGUCUCCUCCAGUGACUUUGAGGAGAAGAUGAUCCUGGCUCUUUUUCCUUGAUUUCUUGUCUCAAUUACAAACUCCUGGGCCUUCUGGGGAGGGGUUUAGAAGACAUCAAACAAGCCUGCGGUAGUUCCUAACUGAUUCUCACGAACGGCUCAGAGAGACAGCCUCACCGGGGGAAGUCUUCUGGGAGGAGGGGGCUCCUGGACCCUCCCUCGGACUCUGCCCAGUUCCAUCCACUGCCAACAGCUCUCCCUGCCCCCAAGAUCUGGCUGCAGCCCAGGAAAAAAAAAAAAAAAAAAAGCAUGUGGUUUACAAACGUUAAAUCAAUCUGUAAAAGGUUUAAAAAAAAAAAAGGAAAAAAGGAAGCUGGAGGAAGGAAGUCCAGUUGUGAGGUGUGCUGCCCGCCCCCCUUCUGGACACACAGGGGAUACCAGCGAGACAGCCACCCACCUGAGACACGGCCAGACCACGAGGAUGCCACUGCAGCCUUCAGAGAAACGCCACCAGCUCUGCUCACAGCGCCUAAGUUAACACACGAGUCAAUAAACCCGGCUUUUUUUUUAUUUUUGUUUUGUUUCCAUUUUUCCCUCCCAUUUGCCUAUUUAUUCUCUUCUUCUUUCUCGGCUUGUUUUCCCGUAUCCUCACAAGUCGGUGAAUGCUCAAGCUGCUUUUCCUGGGGCUGGUCUGGCUCUUCCAAGUUGCCCUGUGGAGAGUCCAAUGCCAGGCGACUGGCACCCUCAAGACGCCUGCCACGCAGCCGCGUCUGGCACCUUUGGGGCUCUCGUAGGACCUGAAGUGCCAGCUCAGCAGUGGGACAGGAGGGACCUCAAGUCCCACACGUCCUGCCUGGAGCAUGGCGGCCAGUCUCUGGAGGAGAACGUGGGCCCAUUCUGACAGAAAACCUCAGCUGAGCUUCCCCAUGGACUGGAGGGAAACCGGAAACUGGAAAUCUCCCUUUGUCUGUGGCCUGUGGAGCCCCUCACCACACUGUUCUGAUGGCAACUGCUUUGCCCGACUGAAUCCAAAAUCCCCGCUGGCUUUUACUGUUGGUUCUGAACAAGCAAAGAUUCACUUAGGCGUGGACACCCACUUGAGACACUCCCAAUCAGAAUAUAAGGAGUCUGAUUUGGUGGCAAAGAUCUGCCUUCCAAAGGGAUCCACCUUUUGCAGAAGUUGCCCUGAAGGUUCGGCAAGUCCUAAUUCCUUCGUUGGACAAGCAUUUAUGGGGUACUCACUGUGUACCAGUCACUAGGUAUAAAGAAAGCCCUUACAUUCACAGUCUAGUAGGAAACAUUAAUCUCCACUAAACACACAUCUCCUUAUCUUCUGGACUCUCAGGAUCACCUGAGAAAUGGCGUCCAAACCACAGGAACUAGCCAUAAAGAAGCCCGUGAUUAACUGCCCAGUGCACUGGGUUGCCUGGCGAGGCUAUGGUUUCGGCUCUGCAGACCAGGGAUCUGUGAUGCUCUUUGGAGCCCCAAGUAGCACACACUCUUAUCAGAACCUACAGGCACAGUAACCACUAACCUGGCUUUCUCUGUCCCACCAAACCAAGGAGCAGCUGCAUCUGAAUCUUCCUAUCAGAAGAGGUUCACUUGGGUCCAAAAGGUGGUCAGAUUGCUCCUUCCAGAAGCUUCUGCAUUCACCUGGCGGCACCCAGCGAUGACGGGUCUUAUCUGCUGGAGGGGAUGUCUGUUGAUGCUGCUAGAGCUGCCAGAAAAUAUGCAAUUCUCCCGCGGGAAGAGGCUGUCUGUCCAAGGAUGGUGCUGACAUCACUGCCUUAAGGUCUCUGCCGUGCAGAAGGAGGCGGCCCUGGAGCGGGGCGUCCCGGGAAGGACAAGACGACGCCCCGCCAGGUGGCCUCCCCUGGGCGCUGGCCUCUCGGCCCCGCCUUGGCCGUCGCCCCAUGGCUGGGCUCAGGCCCCAGCGCUGUCUCCCCCAGGGCUGAGCCCUAUCUCUGUUCUCGGUGCUGCCCGGCCGGUGCCUUCUGUCCUGGGUGUUACUGGCGACUUGAGAAAAAGGAAAGGGGUGACCCCCUUCCUCCAUUCCAACUGCCUCAGAACCCCCGGAGCGAUGCCUGCCUCCCGGGUCAGCGUGGAGACCACCGUGCACUCUGCCUGGAUCUCAGCAGGUUGGCUCGGGAGGCCUGGGAUUCUGGCGCCUCAUCUCUGACGCCUGGCCCACAGCUCUUCUCAGCCAACAGCAGCAUUGUGCUUGGCUCUUCAGCUGCUUGCGUCCAGAAAGUGAGCUCCCAUUUGGCGAGGGGGCACCACCCACCGCUGUCCCUCUGGAGCCUGGACCCCAUUUCCAGUUGUCCACCUGGGCCCCUGGCUGUGGGUGACGGUCAUCCCCCAGGAAUCGCGGCGACGUGGCGACUGCGGCUGGCCGAGCCUCCUCACGGUGCUAGGCCCCUCGGCGCUCACGCAGGCCCCUCUUAAGCCGACUCCCCCCGCCCCCGGCCCCACCCUGGAGUGAGUGGCCAGUGCAGAUCCACAGCAUCCUCUCCCACCUGUCCCCCUGCUUCCUGGUUGAGACGCUGGGACCCCUCAGAAAGGGACGGCCAGGUCCCAGGGCUAAACUCGCACCCUGGCACCUUGAGGAAACCCAGCCCCUCCAGGAUCGGACUGGGUGCUGCCCCCUCCCACCCCCAGCUCCUCUCCUCACCGCAUCUGGCGAGCAGACCACAUGCUUCAGUGCCCAGCCCCACUUCCGGGCAGAGGUGCAACCAUGGCCCCCAUUUCUGGAUGAAGAAGACCACCACAUUUUGUCCAGUGUGUUUGUCCUCCACUCCUGCUUAGGCACCAGAAAUAAAGCGCGAGGUGUCGAGGCCGGCAGAGGACGGGCUGUCUGUGUGUGUGUCUCCGGGAGCGGCUGGCUGCCGCCGUCGCAUCUUCCGAGGCAGCUCCGCGGUGCUCAUCUCUGUGCGCGCAUCUCGUCUCGGCGUUUCUGCUGUGUGGUCUGCGUGUCGGGAAGCGGGAGGCUGGCUGAGGUCUUGGGGGUCCCCUCGCGGAGUCCCUAGCAGUCCGAAGGCUAAGCUUUGAUUUUGAAUGACCAACUAGUCUGCCCAUCCUCCUUGAGGACCUAAGACAACAUAGGCAUUUUUAAAAUUUUUUUCUUUCUUCCGCUUUUCCUGGUUUGGGCCUAAUCUCAUCUAUUCACUUCAAACUCCUUGCAACAAGACCCCAGGUAUUCAGAUGGGCACCCCAUCAGUCUCAGAAGUCACUUUAUUUCCAGGGGGAGGAGAGAGCCCCCUCCCAGCAACACCUCACACACGAGCCCUGCACAGAGGCGAAGGCUUUCUAUGAGGGCGAGACUUGAGGGACCCUCUACUGCAGGGUGUCUGGGAAAGGAAGCUGGUCUUGUCCUCAUUGCACAUUUCACACGGGCCUCUUUCUAGGACUGACCACGUUCUCAUGCUUCUUCCUUCCCUACUCCUGGGCCUUAGCUAAGCAGAAGCUAGUAGGGAGACUCUAUAAACACCCCCACCCCCACCCCACUGCCUGUACACUGAUGAUGAAAUGUACUUUUCCAGAGGGUUCGCUGCUGGGACACUGGAACCGUCCUAGGAUGACUGGAUAAUUAUUAUACUACUGAGUUCUGGUCCAUGGCCCCACCAAAGAGGCCAUAGUAAGAAAAUGGUUUUAGGGACACUGUUCUCAGAAGACCAAAGCCUGAGAAUAACACCCUUUAUAACUGAAAUCGCUUUCUAUAUUCAUGAACCCUCAGUCAACCUUGUCAGGGCCACAGGGGCCACCACCUUGGCUUGCCCACUGCCCACGUGUGCUCGGCAGCCCAGCCAGGAGCACAUACUCCCGUCACAGACCCUGUGGGAGAAGGCGUAGUCUGAAAGUGAGGACACACACCAAGAGAAACCUGGAAGCUGCAGGAUGGCCAGUCCAGUGGGGUAUUAAGCCUGUACUACUGGAUCCUCCCAGUUUGGCCUUUGGGUCUCUUAAUAGCUAUGUCUGGAGAGAUUUCUGUGACAGGCGUGGUUAUGGAAGGAAGUCAGCAUUGGUCCUUUGAUUCACCUCUUUCAUUUCUUAAAGCAGCGGUUCUUAGAUCUGUUUACAGACCAUCAGUGUCGGCAGCAUCUGAGGACUUGUGGAAAUGAAGUUCUCAGACCCCAUCCCGGACCUACUGAAUCAGAAACCGGGGAGAGGGCCCGGCAAAUUGUGUUUUAAUGAACCCUCUUGGUAAUUGUGCUGUACACUACAAUUUCAAUUCACAGUGUCAGGGAAAGUCAAGGACCAGGGUCCCCACACUGGAGCUUUAGGACCACGAAUAAGGUUCUAGGUUAAAAUUCAGACUUUAACAUUAGUUUCAAGGUCUUCUCGUGUAUCCUCAUGAUUCUGUCUUUACUUUUAUUUAACAAAAAGAAAGAGUAUGUGUGCUUUUGGGCAGAAGUUAGGGGAAUGCUUGCAUCUCCUUGGAGAACACAACCUUCAGGGAAAAACGUCACAGCUCUGAGAUUUCCAGGGGGCUUCCCGGGGGGACGAGGAGGGAGGGCUCCUCCAGGUGUCUCCUGCUGGGUGAUUCUUCUCAACUCAGCCUUUUUCUGUUGAUGGGAUGAGAGCAGUUUAAAAGUCUGAUCUGUAUUUCCACCAAACUUGUCCUGGCAGCACCCCUCACCCUUGUCCCAGUUCUAAAGGGCACCUGCCAGAACCUUCUGCCCGCCCUGCCCCCAGUCCUGCCUGGCCGCAGGAAAGCCUUCUCAGAGGUGGAGCAGAGGGUCCUCGGGGCAUCCAUCCUUCCCCCGAUAAAAAAAAUUUAUUUUAACUGAAAAGAGCUUCGUAUUUUCCCAAACUCAACAGAUGGGGCCGUGGGGUAGAUGAGGUGUGUACAACUGGCCUUGUUUAGAGUUUGUCCAUUUGCCCUGUGAGAGCGCUUGUGGGUGGGGGACGAAGACCCAUCUGGCACUGGGCCUCUUGGGGUCAGGAACGAAGUGCCUGGAGGAGGACGAGAGCCUGAGGGAGGCGUGAAGCCUGCACUGAAGUCACCCCAUGGCCGCCGGGUUCUCUAUCUCCUGCGGAUCUCCCCACAUCCCUGCCAUGUCUCCAGACUGAAAACGCAGAUGAGAAGGCAAGGGCUCCCCGUCCCAGCCGGUCUCCGGGCCACUGCUGUGGAGUGGCUUAGGAGUGGCUUAGGAGUCUCCCGCUUCCUAAGUGUUCUUGUUUUUUGUUUCUUUAACAGAACCACCUUUUUCUCAAACGAAUUCCAGCCCUUUCUGGGUUCCUUUCCUUGUCGUCACCUGUCCUGUUUUAGGCAGCACUGUUUGUGUGAUGGAGUCUUUGUUUCUCAAAUGCAUGGCGAUCCUCGGGUGGAAGGUGGGCAGGAAUCUUUACAACACUUUUUUUUUUAUUGGGCACAAACCCCCCAAACCAGGAUAUGUGUGUAUCUUCGUAUUUUGGUUUUUAUCAUUGGCCUUCCCCUCUUUCAACCUACCCCCUUUCAUAUCUGAUGUAGAGAAAGGGAGCUGUUGUAUUUAUACAUAAUUGCGGUAACAAUCAUGAGAGAGCUGGGUGAUUUGUCUUAAAUAAUAAAUCGGUUGACAGUUAAAUCCAUCCCAGGGCCAGUGGAUGAGGCCUUCUUCCCUCACUGCCAGAAGCCCCCUCACCUGGGUCCUCUGUCCAUCAGGCAUGUCUCCUCCCAGCAAGUCACCUGUUUGAUGCCAUUUGCGUUUCAAUAAAGUUAUCUCCUGUGUUGUCCGCUGGCUCUCUCUA